AGUUGUUUUUAGCUUUGUCUGACUGUAGUUGAUUGUUUAUUUGUUUUUUUCCGUGCCUAAAUUGAUUUCAAUAAGAAUUUGACGACGCGCAAGAGCUUCAAACAUUUGCCCCACUUGACUUGAGUCCAGAGAUAGACUGAGAUAGAGAGAGAGGCUCAAUCACGGCUUUGUAUGUAUGCGUGUGUGCUUGUGUGUGUGUGUGUGUGUGUGUGUGGCUGGUCACGCGACCUUGAUGCUGUACAUUAACCCAUUAAGUUUAGUUUUUUUUUAUCUUGGCCCAAGCAAGUCCAGCAGCUCAGUUUGAGGUUUGCUGAUCAGCUUACAAAAGCGCGAGCGAGCAAAGAAGAGAGAGAGAGACAGAAAGAGAGCGAGUACACACACAAGUUUUACACGCAGUUACUAAAAGUUGUCGCCUUGGCAAUUGACAAGUGCAAGCGAAAGAGAGAGCGAGAGCGAGUGAGAGAUAAGUGAAGGCGCGGCAGGAAGCUGCAACAAGACUUGUUGUUGCUGUUGUUGUUGAUAAGACAAGCCAUCAUUGAAGGUCAAAUAUCAAAUUUGUAUAUAAUGCUUUAAUGGCUUUUCUUUUAUUUAUUUUAUUUAAUUGCACGCAGCGUCAAAAUGUGCAAAGCAAGAAAGAGAAACGUUUAAGAUAAAAAAACAGAUCAAAUCGCAAAUCGUGUGCGUGCAGUAAAAACAGUGACUAACAGUGAUUGCAAAAACAGUGACUUGAAGUCACGUGUUUGGGCCACGUGGUGCCACGUCCAAUGGCAGCUGGAGCAGGAGCAGCAGCAGGAGCGACAACGAAAACAAAAACCGAAGCUGCCGUUGACCUCAGCUGCGCAGUCGGCGCAACAAUUCAAUUUAAGUUACAAUCGAAUUAAACGAAUUUUAUUUUGUGCUGCCGACGACGACGACGACGACGGCGGCGGCGUCGGCGCUGCUUGGCCGACAACAGUGUCAAACUUAAACAGUGCUUACUGUAUAUAUGUCUAUGUGUUAGUGUCUAUAUGUGUGUGUGUAUGGCUGCGCCGCCAGCAGCAGCAGCAGCGCAGGCAUGAAUAACAAAUGAACGACAACAAACAAAAGAAAAUGCAACUUAAGUGAACUUCCUGCGACUAAAAGCGACAACAACAACAACAACGAAAAGGAGCAGAGCAGCAUCCAAUUAAAUAACAACAACAAAGCUACAAGUGUCUUGUCUGUGUAUUCGUUUUGUGUGUGUGUGCUGAGUGUUGUAUAUGUGUGCGUGUGUGUGUAAAUAACAGUGCAAUGGCCGCCUCCGCAUCAACACCUCAGAACUAUAAAGUGCCAUCGACCAGCAAAAUAUCUGUGGAUAAACUUUUGCGAGUCGGCUACUAUGAGCUGGAGAAAACAAUUGGCAAGGGCAACUUUGCGGUUGUCAAGUUGGCCACUAACAUUGUGACCAAAACAAAGGUGGCCAUCAAGAUCAUUGACAAGACAUGCCUCAAUGAGGAAUAUCUGAGCAAAACGUUUCGGGAGAUUGCAAUCUUAAAGUCGCUGCGUCAUGCGCACAUUACGCGUCUGUACGAGGUGAUGGAGUCGCAGUCGAUGAUCUACCUGGUCACAGAGUAUGCGCCCAACGGUGAGAUCUUCGAUCAUCUGGUGGCCAACGGACGCAUGAAGGAGCCCGAGGCGGCGCGUGUGUUCACACAGUUGAUCUCGGCGGUGCACUACUGUCAUCAGCGUGGCGUCGUGCAUCGCGAUCUCAAGGCGGAGAAUGUGCUGCUGGACAAGGAUAUGAACAUAAAGCUCGCUGACUUUGGCUUUAGCAAUCACUACGAGGACGGCAGUCUGCUGCACACUUGGUGUGGCUCACCGCCGUAUGCGGCGCCUGAAGUGUUUCAGGGCCUGGAGUAUGAUGGACCCAAGUCGGAUAUAUGGAGUCUGGGUGUAGUGCUCUAUGCGCUUGUGUGCGGCGCGCUGCCCUUUGAUGGCAAGACCAUACUGGAGCUCAAAAGUCGCGUUGUGCUUGGCAAAUUUCGCAUACCCUUCUUCAUGUCGCAGGAGUGCGAGCAUCUCAUACGCAAUAUGCUGGUGGUGGAGCCGGAUCGACGUUAUACCAUCAAACAGAUUAUAAAGCAUCGCUGGCUGAGCGAUUGGCAGUCGGAGCUGCAGUCAGAGGAGCCGCUGCCCAGCUCGCUGACGGGCUCAAGUAACUCGCUAAGCGAUGCGGAUAAUGCGAGUGCACCACAGCUGGAUGCAGUGGUCAUGACGCAUAUGCUGCAGCUGCCUGGACUUACGGCGGACAUGAUUGCGCAGUCGGUGCAUGAGCAGCGCUUUGAUAAUAUCUAUGCCAUAUAUAAUUUGCUGCAGGACAAAUUGCUGCAGCGUCGACGCGAAAACCAAAGACUGCAGCAUCAUGCCAACUUGGCGUACUCUAGAUCACGCAAGACAAGCAUUACCACGGGCAUUGUGGAUCGCUCCGAGCCCGUUAAGCAGGAAUCUCUGGAUAGGCUCAGUCCGCUAAGCAGCGCCAAUGCGGCCUGGUGUGCCGAUGUGGCUGUGGAUUUGGAAAAGUACGGCGAGUUCGAGCUGGAGUGUCUAGCUAGACCGAAUGAGCCUGCGCUGCAACAUUUAAGUGCCACAGCUGGCGCUGCCAGCGGCGCCAAUACGCGUCGUCAUACCGUCGGUCCCGGCGAUGUGGCGCACGAGCAAGCGCUCGCCAAUCCGCAUGUGCCGCCCAUAGAUUUCAAGUGCACGCCGCAGUGCGCGGAUGCCACACAAGUGACGCCCUACUAUCCCAUGAAUCUGCCCAUGCUGCAGAAUCAGCCGCUGCACAAUCUCACCAUCAAGGAUCAGCAUCUGCUCAAGCCGCCAGUGGUUAUGGGUGCCAGCUCUUUUGGUCGUCGCGCUUCAGAUGGUGGCGCCAAUUUACAUAUUUAUUAUCCUGCCAGCGGUGCGAGCGUUGCCAGCGGCAGCAGCGCAGCAAAUGGACAACAAAUGGAUGCGGCUUACUAUAUGAAUGCCAGUCUGGCAGCGGCGCCUGGCGCAGCUGAGCUCAGCACGCUGAAUGAGCAGCCAGGAGCAGCGCAGCUGCAUUGCUGUGCCGAGCCAAGUGGCGAGGAGUGCAGCGAGGAGAUUCAACGUUAUAUGCAAAAACGCGGCUGCGUUAAGCGUCACACAGUUGGCUGCACCGAGGAUUUGUCAGUGAGCCACAGUCCAGCGGAUUUGUCAGCGCAGCAGGCCCAAGCGGCAACUGGCGCUGGCGCCGCUGCUGGCAACAACAUGAGAACGCGUCGCACGGGUUUGCUUACCGUAACCGAAAGACCGCCAGUCAUUUGCCCUGAACUCAUACGCGAAGUUGAAUCUCGCAUGAAUCGUGAUUACUUGCCGCCCACGCUCAAGUCCUUAAGUCAAUCGCCACCCAAUGCGCCCACCUUGGCAGGUGGCGCUGUGCCACACUCGCUGCCACUGCUGGGCGUAGUGGGUGGCAGCAUACCGUUGGUGGCGCCCAAUAGUGCCAACAAUCGACGCGCCUAUCGCGCCGCCCACUGUAAGCUGCCCACUGUCCAAGAGGGUGGACGCUAUAGCCCCGUGCGUCGCGCCUCGGAGGGUUCGCGCUCGCAGUUCCAGGGACCGCUGCAGGAAUGCCAAUCAUUGCAAAAAGGUAUCGCACAGAGAAAUUUUUUGGUUGCACCCAGUCCGCCGCUUUUAGAAAAUUCAAUCAGUCUGCCCGGUUCACCCAUACAUGGCAAGCCCACAGCUAUGCAGCUUGCGCUGCGGCGUGGACACGACAUUGAGGUGCCGGCGGAGGCUAUGAAGACGCUUAUGCCAGUGCUGGAUCGCUUGGUGAAGGAGCAGCGCGUCAGCUUUGACAUUGCCAACAAAAUAAUCUCAACGAAUGUGGUGCCCAUUGAUUUGGCGCCGCAGCUUGGACUUGCUGCGCAUGCGGCAAGCGCUGCAGCUGUCAGCGGUGGCCACUUGGAUCAAACCCACUUGAUGCAGCUGCAGCAGCAACAGCAGCAACAACAACAGCCCAUGCACAGCUUUAGUGUGUCGCCGUUGACGCCACAUGUGCCACAUGCAUCGCUGACCAGCGCCAAGCAAAUGUUUGGCCAGCCCAUGUGUGGCUAUCAGGGCGUGCCGGCCAUAGCGCUGACGCUGCCGCUGCAGCCGCAGCAGCUGGUGGGACAGUUCAGCAGCAUUAAUCUGGGCGCCAGCAAUUCGAACGGCAGCAGCGGCUGCCAGUCGCCUGUGUAUAGCAACAGCAACAGUGGCAGCGGCUUUAGCGGCAGCUGCUCACCCAAUCCGAAUCCCUAUUUGCCUGGCACGGGACCCUUUAAUCCCUGCAACUCGCCGCUGCAUCAAAUAACCAAAGGCAUUUCAGUCCUAAGCACAGGCGGCGGCUCCAUUACGCGUGGCACUUCAGCAGCCAGCGAAUGCGUUACGCAGCCCUUGGAUUUGUCCAUGGAUGUUUGCAAUGCUGCUGUGGAUGAUUAUGCCGCGCCCAAUUGGUACAUGUCCACGUCUGCUUACUACGAUUUGAAGCCACUGAAUCUAUCGCCGGCGCAGCCAGUGCGUGUAGUGCCAACGCCGCCCGCUUCGCCCAAUCUGUGCAUCAUACAGGAGGAGAAUGGCAAUGGCCAAAUGUGUCACACCAUAAGCACGGGUCAGCCCUACGCCGGCUGCACUGGCGGCAUUACACCACAGAUUUGCCUUACGGACGUGCAGGGCAGCGAGAUUACGCUCGUGGCGCUCAGCUCGGACAACAGUCGCGACAGCGAGGACUCGCUGGAGCCGCAUACUCCAGUAAUGUCAUUGCAGGGCUUAAUCAUUGCGGAGCCGCCGCACAACGAUAUGCCCUCCAUAACGCGCGGCAUUGGACGCAAGGCCAGCCUGGACUGUGAGCCAGCCAAUCAUGCCAGCAGCUCCAGCGCUGCAACUGCUGCGGAGGCGCAUCGACGUGGCAGCGACAAGUCGCUGGGCUUCUCCGACGACUCGCUUAGCAAUGACUCGAAUAAUCUGUCGCCCUCGUGCCAGGAGCCCUCGGCUAGCUCCGGCUUCAAGUCCGAUUCACAUUCCGAAAUGGGUGAUCAUACCGAGUGCGGUCAUCUAACGCCCGACUCCAUGUGCGAUUCGCGUCGCAUGUCGGAUGAAAUGUGUUACGAAGUGCCGCUGCCACAUGAGUGCUCCAAUUUGGACUCCACGCGCAUUCUCGAGCUUGUUAAGCAAACAAUUGACUCCACCAUGCCGCCCAAGGGAUUUGUGCUGCACAAGGGCAGCAUUAGCUCGGAGGAUAGUGGCGCCGAGUCGCGUUACAGCAGCGCCUCGAAUGCCUCCAGUGAGGCAACGCCCAGCGUGCAGCAGCUGCAGACGAGCAGCCAGUAUGGCGAGCCCACCACAAACCUAAGCCUGGAGUACUCGGGUGGCCUGCAGAUUGAGCUGCAGGUGUGCGAGGGACGCAGCAGGGAUCAUCAUGGCGCCGGCAAGGGCAUCAAGCUGCGACGCAUCUCUGGAGAUCAAUUUGAGUACGGCAAGAUUUGUCAGCAGCUCAUCAGCACCAUAACCAUGCAGCAGGUGGCGGGAUAGAGCCAAGCCAUGGCCACUGCCCAAAUAUAUGUCUGUGUGUGUGAAUCUGUAUCCUGUGUGUGUGUGUGUAUUUUAACCGUAUGACUCGCCUUGCCUAUAUAACUCUGCGUAGCUGUGAUCUAAGUCGAUAUGUAUGUGUGUCCAGUUCAAUUUAUAGUAUGUCUCUCUCUCUAUGUGUGUGUGUGUGUGUAUUUGUUUGUUAAUUAAUCAAAGGUCAAAGUCAACGACUAAAGCAAUGUUCGCAACUUUUCUUAUUAAUCAAUUGUAGUUCUAACGUACAAAAAUUUGUUUGCAAUUCGUUUAUUUUGUAACUUUUAAUCAAAAUUUUUU